AUGGCUGAUCUUUGGGCUCCCGCUCCUGAACCGACUACCGAAUUGGGACGUUACCGCGUUCUCUCUUCGACGGCUGGAAUUCGCGUCUCACCUCUUCAGCUCGGAGCCAUGUCAAUUGGAGAUGCGUGGAAAGACACAAUGGGCUCGAUGAGUAAGGAGGAGUCCUUCAAGCUUCUAGAUGCAUUUCACGAAGCCGGCGGGAAUUUCAUCGAUACCGCAAACAAUUACCAGGACGAACAGUCGGAGACUUGGAUUGGGGAAUGGAUGGCCAAACGCCAGAACCGCGAUCAAUUGGUGGUCGCUACCAAAUUCACCACAGACUUUCGAUCACACAAGCUAGGCAAGGGGAAGGCCCCAAACCAUUGCGGCAAUCACAAGCGAAGCCUCCACAUGAGUUUUCGGGAUUCAUUGAAGAAGCUGCAAACCGACUGGAUUGACAUCCUGUAUCUCCAUUGGUGGGAUCAAACGACGUCAAUCGAAGAGGUCAUGGACAGUCUUCACAUCCUGGUUGAGCAGGGUAAGGUUCUGUAUCUGGGUAUUUCAGACACACCGGCGUGGGUUGUGGCAGCGGCAAAUACAUAUGCUCGAGCCCACGGGAAGACACCCUUCAGCAUCUACCAGGGUAGAUGGAAUGUCAUGCUGCGUGACUUCGAACGCGAAAUCAUCCCCAUGGCGCGCCAUUUUGGAAUGGCGCUCGCCCCUUGGGAUGUCAUGGGCGGCGGAAAAUUCAAAACAAAGGAGGAAAUUGAACGACGCAAAUCUCAGGGAGAGGGUCUCCGGAGCAUUUUGAGUUCGGAACAAAGCGAAGAGGAAGCUGCAAUGAGUGCAGCACUUGAAAAGGUAGCCAACGAGCAUGGGAUUAAAUCCCUCACCGCGGUUGCCCUGGCAUAUGUGAUGGCGAAAGCACCAAAUGUUUUCCCUCUUGUAGGCGGCCGCAAAAUCGAGCAUCUCAAGGAUAACAUCCAGGCUCUCACCCUGCGGUUGACAGCGGAACAAAUCGAAUACCUCGAGAGCCAAAAGCAGUUUGAUGUCGGCUUCCCAAGCAACUUUAUUGGGCCGGAUCCCAAAGUGACUGGGAAAGCAGUCUUCCUCUUGGCCGCUAAUGCUCCGUAUGCCUUUGUACGGUCAUCCAAAUCUAUUACCAGCCCAGAAUAG